GAUCCCUCGAGGAGAUUAUCGACGAGAGCCACGCCAUCGUCUCCUCCUCUGUCGGACCCGAGUACUAUGUCAGCAUCCUCUCCUUUGUCGACAAGGACCAGCUCGAGCCGGGAUGCUCCAUCCUCAUGCACAAUAAGGUUCUUUCUGUAGUUGGUAUAUUGCAAGAUGAAGUUGAUCCUAUGGUAUCUGUGAUGAAAGUUGAGAAAGCACCUUUGGAAUCUUAUGCUGACAUUGGUGGACUAGAUUCCCAGAUUCAAGAAAUUAAAGAGGCUGUUGAGCUUCCCUUGACUCAUCCUGAGUUGUAUGAAGACAUUGGGAUCAGGCCACCCAAGGGAGUCAUAUUAUAUGGCGAACCUGGAACUGGAAAAACUCUACUCGCCAAGGCUGUUGCCAAUUCAACAUCUGCGACUUUCUUGCGUGUUGUCGGUAGUGAACUUAUUCAAAAGUACCUUGGGGAUGGUCCCAAGCUAGUCAGAGAAUUGUUUAGGGUGGCUGAUGAACUUUCUCCCUCAAUAGUCUUCAUUGAUGAGAUUGACGCAGUUGGAACGAAGAGGUAUGAUGCUCAUUCAGGAGGGGAGCGUGAGAUUCAAAGAACUAUGUUGGAGCUGCUGAAUCAGCUAGAUGGUUUUGACUCACGUGGAGAUGUUAAAGUCAUUCUAGCAACAAACCGCAUUGAAAGUCUUGAUCCAGCCUUGCUUCGGCCAGGCCGUAUAGACCGGAAGAUUGAAUUUCCUCUACCAGAUAUUAAAACUAGACGACGCAUCUUCCAGAUACACACAUCGAAAAUGACAUUAGCUGAUGAUGUGAACUUGGAAGAGUUUGUUAUGACCAAAGACGAGUUUUCGGGUGCUGAUAUUAAGGCAAUCUGCACAGAGGCUGGAUUGCUUGCCUUAAGAGAACGCAGAAUGAAGGUGACCCAUGCAGAUUUCAAGAAGGCAAAGGAGAAGGUGAUGUACAAGAAGAAGGAAGGUGUUCCGGAUGGUCUCUACAUGUAGCCAAUCUAUUCAUCAUGCCGAACAAGUUACCCGAUUGUGUGUGUACUAGCACAUCUCUUCAUCAUGGGAGAUAUGUUACCACAAUACUUGUUGCAUACUGUGCUAAGUGGUCAGGAGAACCUUGUAUUAAUUAAUUAUCCUUUCAUUGUCUC